GGUGAAAGGGAAGCACAAGAUACCGCGAGAAUCCAGCAGAUUCUUGCGAUAUUUCCUGGGAUUACCCCCUCCCCCCCCUUCUAAGUGCCGUUUCGGUUUAACCUAGUGUGUGACUGUGAGUCUGUGUGAGGGAGCGAGUGUGUGAGGUGUUGAGGUGAGGCGGAAGCUAGAAAAGGGGCUCCCUCAGGAGCGAGGGACAAAGGGGGCGUGAGGCACCUAGGCCGCGGGACCCCAGCGACAGGAAGCCGCCCCGAGCCGGGCUACCGGGUAGGGGAAGGGCCCGCGCAGUCCUCACAGGGCCCCGGAGCCGGAGUCGGCCCCUCAGCACCGGGCCGUUGGCUUCCUACUUCCUCGACCUCCCCGGCGCCUGGGCCUGGGGAUUGUCUCGGCUGGGGGAGGAGGGGAAACUGACUUGAGCGGCUACCCGUUGUCUCGCAACUCCAUUGCUGAGGAACUCUCAUUUCUUCCCUGGCUCCUUCACCCCCCCCCACCUCAUGUAGGAGGGUGCUGAGGAGUCGGGAGGGAGGAGGAGCCUGGGCUACCGUCCCUUCCCUCCCCACCCCCUUGAAGGGGCGCUUUGGUAGGCGUGGGGUUGGGGUUGGGGGGGAGGGUGGGGGUGACUUUUUGGAGUGCUGGGGAACUUUUUCCCCUUUUUGAGGCCAGGGGUAAGGGAAUGCCCAAUCCAGAGAGACAUGGGGGCAAGAAGGACGGGAGUGGAGGAGCUUCUGGAACUUUGCAGCCGUCAUCGGGAGGUGGCAGCUCCAACAGCAGAGAGCGUCACCGCUUGGUGUCGAAGCACAAGCGGCAUAAGUCCAAGCACUCCAAAGACAUGGGCUUGGUGACCCCCGAAGCAGCACCUUUGGGUACAAUUAUCAAACCUUUGGUGGAGUAUGAUGACAUUAGCUCUGAUUCUGAUACCUUCUCUGACGACAUGGCCUUCAAACUAGACCGGAGGGAGAACGAUGAACGUCGUGGAACUGAUCGGAGUGACCGCCUGCACAAACAUCGCCACCACCAGCACAGACGUUCCCGGGACUUACUAAAAACUAAACAGUCGGAAAAAGGAAAAAACCUGGAAGCCUCCAGCAAGUCGGGAUCAAUGAAGGACAGGAUCUCAGGAAGUUCAAAGCGUUCCAAUGAGGAGAAUGAUGACUAUGGGAAGGCGCAGAUAUCCAAAAGUAGCAGCAACAAGGAGUCCAGAUCAUCCAAACUCCAUAAGGAGAAGAUCCGGAAAGAACGUGAGUUGAAGUCUGGGCAUAAAGAUCGGAGUAAAAGUCAUCGGAAAAGGGAAACACCCAAAAGUUACAAAACAGUGGACAGCCCCAAACGGAGAUCCAGGAGUCCCCACCGGAAAUGGUCGGACAGCCCUAAGCAAGAUGAUAGCCCCUCAGGAGCUUCUUAUGGCCAAGAUUAUGAGCUUAGUCCCCCAAGAUCGCACACCUCUAGCAAUUAUGACUCCUACAAAAAGAGCCCUGGGAGUACCUCAAGAAGGCAGUCAAUCAGCCCCCCUUACAAGGAGCCUUCGGCCUACCAGUCCAGCACCCGGUCACCCAGUCCCUACAGUAGACGACAGAGGUCGGUGAGUCCCUACAGCCGGCGACGUUCAUCCAGCUAUGAAAGGAGUGGCUCCUACAGUGGGAGAUCCCCCAGUCCUUAUGGCCGAAGGCGGUCCAGCAGCCCUUUCCUGAGCAAGCGGUCUCUGAGCCGGAGUCCGCUCCCCAGUAGAAAAUCCAUGAAGUCUAGAAGUAGAAGUCCCACAUAUUCAAGACACUCAUCUUCUCAUAGUAAAAAGAAGAGAUCCGGGUCACGCAGUCGACAUUCCAGUAUCUCACCUGUCAGGCUUCCAUUGAACUCCAGUUUGGGAGCUGAACUCAGUAGGAAAAAGAAGGAAAGAGCAGCUGCUGCUGCUGCAGCAAAAAUGGAUGGAAAGGAAUCCAAGGGGUCACCUAUAUUUUUGCCUAGAAAAGAGAACAGUUCAGUAGAGGCUAAGGAUUCAGGCUUGGAGUCUAAAAAGUUACCCAGAGGUGUAAAAUUGGAAAAAUCUGCCCCAGAUACUGAAAUGGUGAAUGUAACACAUCUUAACACAGAGGUCAAAAAUUCUUUAGAUACAGGGAAAGUAAAGUUGGAUGAGAACUCCGAGAAGCAUCCUGUUCUUAAGGAUUUGAAAGUACAGGGAACAAGAGACUGUAAACCAAUAGCACUGAAAGAGGAGAUUGUUCCUCCAAAAGAGACAGAGACAUCAGAAAAGGAGACCCUUCCACCUCUCCCCACAGUUACUUCUCCACCUCCUUUACCAACUACUUCCCCUCCACCUCAGACACCCCCCUUGCCGCCUUUGCCUCCACUACCAGCUAUUCCACAGCAACCACCUCUGCCUCCUCCCCAACCAGCAUUUGGUCAGGUUCUUGCUUCUAGUACUUCAACUUUGCCCCCUUCUACUCAUCCAAGGACAUCUACUCUGUCCUCUCAGGCAAAUUCUCAGCCCCCUGUACAGGUUUCUGUGAAGACUCAAGUAUCUGUAACAGCUGCUAUUCCACACUUAAAAACUUCAACGUUGCCUCCUCUGCCCCUCCCACCCUUAUUACCAGAAGAUGAUGACAUGGAUAGCCCAAAAGAAACUCUACCUUCAAAACCUGUAAAGAAAGAGAAGGAACAAAGGCCACGUCACCUACUCACAGACCUCCCUCUCCCUCCAGAGCUCCCUGGUGGGGAUCCAUCUCCCCCAGACUCUCCUGAACCAAAGGCAAUCACACCACCUCAGCAACCAUAUAAAAAGAGACCAAAAAUUUGUUGUCCUCGUUAUGGAGAAAGGAGACAAACAGAAAGCGACUGGGGGAAACGCUGUGUGGACAAGUUUGACAUUAUUGGGAUUAUUGGAGAAGGAACCUAUGGCCAAGUAUAUAAAGCCAAGGAUAAAGACACAGGAGAGCUAGUGGCCCUGAAGAAGGUGAGACUAGACAACGAGAAAGAGGGCUUCCCAAUCACAGCCAUUCGUGAAAUCAAAAUCCUUCGUCAGCUAAUCCACCGAAGUGUUGUUAACAUGAAGGAAAUUGUCACAGAUAAACAGGAUGCCCUGGAUUUCAAGAAAGACAAAGGUGCCUUUUACCUUGUUUUUGAGUAUAUGGACCAUGACUUAAUGGGACUGUUGGAAUCUGGUUUGGUGCACUUUUCUGAGGACCAUAUCAAGUCAUUCAUGAAACAGCUAAUGGAAGGAUUGGAUUACUGUCACAAAAAGAAUUUCCUGCAUCGGGAUAUUAAGUGUUCUAACAUUCUGCUGAACAACAGUGGGCAGAUCAAACUAGCAGAUUUUGGACUUGCUCGUCUCUAUAAUUCUGAAGAGAGCCGCCCUUAUACAAACAAAGUCAUUACCCUGUGGUACCGACCUCCAGAACUUCUGCUGGGAGAAGAGCGAUACACACCAGCAAUAGACGUUUGGAGCUGUGGAUGCAUCCUUGGGGAACUGUUCACAAAGAAGCCUAUUUUUCAAGCCAAUCUGGAACUGGCUCAGCUAGAACUGAUCAGUCGACUCUGUGGUAGCCCUUGUCCAGCUGUGUGGCCUGAUGUUAUCAAGCUGCCCUACUUCAAUACAAUGAAACCGAAGAAGCAAUAUAGAAGGCGCCUACGAGAAGAAUUCUCUUUCAUUCCUUCAGCAGCACUUGAUUUACUGGACCACAUGCUGACACUAGAUCCUAGCAAGCGUUGCACAGCCGAGCAGACCCUACAGAGUGACUUCCUUAAAGAUGUUGAGCUCAGCAAAAUGGAUCCUCCAGACCUCCCCCACUGGCAAGAUUGCCAUGAAUUAUGGAGUAAGAAACGGCGACGGCAGCGACAAAGUGGUGUUUUGGUAGAAGAGCCACCUCCACCGAAAGCCUCUCGAAAAGAAACUAUCUCAGGGACAAGUGCUGAGCCUGUGAAGAAUAGCAGCCCAGCACCACCUCAGCCUGCUCCUGGCAAGGUGGAACCUGGGACUGGGGAUGCAAUAGGCCUCGGUGACAUCACACAGCAGUUGAAUCAAAGUGAAUUGGCAGUGUUAUUGAACCUGCUGCAGAGCCAAACCGACCUGAGCAUUCCUCAGAUGGCACAGCUGCUUAACAUCCACUCCAAUCCAGAGAUACAGCAGCAGCUGGAGGCCCUGAACCAAUCUAUCAGUGCCCUAACAGAAGCCACUUCCCAGCAGCAGGACUCAGAGCCUAUAGCCCCAGAGGAUUCUUUGAAGGAAGCACCCCCUGCCCCAGUGGUCCAACCUUCAGCAGAACAGACAACCCCUGAAGCUUCAAGCACACCAGCUGACAUGCAGAAUAUGUUGGCAGUUCUCUUGAGUCAACUGAUGAAAACCCAGGAGCCAGCAGGCAGCCUGGAGGAAAACAGCAGUGACAAGAACAGUGGGCCACAGGGACCCCGAAGAACUCCCACAAUACCACAGGAGGAGGCAGCAGCAUGUCCUCCUCACAUUCUUCCACCAGAGAAGAGGCCCCCUGAGCCCCCCGGACCUCCACCGCCGCCACCUCCACCCCCUCUGGUUGAAGGCGAUCUUUCCAGCGCCCCCCAGGAGUUGAACCCAGCCGUGACAGCCGCCUUGCUGCAACUUUUAUCCCAGCCUGAAGCAGAGCCUCCUGGCCACCUGCCACAUGAGCACCAGGCCUUGAGACCAAUGGAUUACUCCACCCGACCCCAUCCCAACAGGACUUAUGGAAACACUGAUGGGCCUGAAACAGGGUUCAGUGCCACUGACACUGAUGAACGCAACUCUGGUCCAGCCUUGACAGAAUCCUUGGCCCAGACCCUGGUGAAGAACAGGACCUUCUCAGGCUCUGUGAGCCACCUUGGGGAGUCCAGCAGUUACCAGGGCACAGGGUGGCAGCAGCAGCAGGAGGGAUGUCCUCUGAGGAAUUUGGUAAUGUCCAUCAGUCACCUGACGUCUGGAGCCCUGGCAGAUUUAGUCUCUUUCACAGACUCUAAAUCCAGGUUUGAUGGGAGAGCCCCCCCUGUCCAAACACUGUGCAAGGUACCAGAAGUAGAGGCCUGCCAGCCUGCUUAUACCCAUCCUCAAUGCCCAGAACUGAGCAGGUCACCAACCUACAGUGCCCACCCCUACCCUUCUUGCUGCCAGAUGUGGAAAUAGAGACCCAGAGAAGGGAAAUCAGUUGAAUCCUGUCUUGGAGUUGCUUUGUGUUCCUGGAUUUGGAGAGUUCCUGGGAACACAGGGAAAGGUAGUGUGUGUCCCACUGGUUGGUGAGAGACCUGGAUGUCUGAACCUCCCACCUUGACACCUCGAAGGUUAUCACACAGAUCCCCUCUCUAGCUUCUAAAGCCAUGGAGGAGGUGAAGGAAGGCAUUUCAGAAGUGGCAGUGCCAUGAUGUCCAUCGGCACCCAGGGAGAGAAGCCAAGAGAAGAAACUGACCAGAGAGGGAGCCAGGAAGAGAUGCCUGCUCUUGAAACAGUCUUCUUACCCCAUCCCCUUCCGCGUCCCCUUUCACAUGCCGACAGGGCUGUGUGCCCAAGUGUGCCAGCUCUCCUGGCUGGUGAUCCUGCUCUGCCAUGCAGGCAGCUGGCCCUCUGCUGCAGCACUGAGCACAUGCUGGGGUCUCUCACUUCUUUCCUCACUCACCUCAAUGUAUCUGUGGUGCAGAUUCCUAGGGUUGAAGAAGGGGGCUCUGGCCCUGCGAGUAGGAAGAUGGUGGGCUCUGGGGCUCUUGGGGUGUGUAUCUGGCUGGCUGGAGUGGCUGUGGGGAGGGAGAAGGCUGUUGGCAGCUCAGCUGAGCUCAAGAUUCUGGUGACUCACAGCAACGGGGGUGGCUCAUGAAAACAACAGAGGGGAAGGGGGUCUAGGCCUGUUAGAGCUCUCUUCUGCCCCAUUUCUCCCCCACUCUGAGCUUUGUGGAUGGAGUCUCUCAUCUAGAUUGUGGGGCGAGGAGAUGCCCCAGCUAAAAAAGAAAAGAAAGAAAUGGAAGAGAAGAUAGCAGAGGAGGCUGAGCAUUCCCAGGGAGAGGCUUCCCAGAGGGGAAAGGGUGGUGGAGGCCCUUUAUUCUUGCCCUACUGUAUCCGUGGGCAAGGUGCUGCUCACACCUCGCUUGGUGCACCCUCUGUGCGUCAGCACCCAGGGAGAGAAGCAAGAGAAGAAACAGUGACCAGAGAGGAAGCCAGGAAGAGAUGCCUGCUCCUGAAACAGCCUGUAGGUACAGAGGGUACUGUGCUGGGGCAGCUCAGCGCUCAUGGGCACCUCCCAGGAGAGGGGCUUUCCAGGCAGACACAGCUACUCCUCCCUGCCCUCACUUGCCUGCCCAGAGCUCUGGGUAUUCAGGUGACGUAGAAAUUUAAAAACAAACAAACAAAAAGACACUAUUACAAGACCAGAACUAGAAGGAUUACCACUUGGUCUCAAUACUCUCUUUCCUAGAAACAGAAACCAUGAUCUUCAAAGGUGCUGCUUCCCUCAUCCCUUACAGGCCAGGUGGGCAAUGUGCAUUUUCUCCAGACUUUCUGAAUCAGGGAGAUGGUAGGAUACUGUGUUUGAGGUUACAUCAGCAGAACAGAGCCAGAAAGUGGAUCAGGAGAGCCAGCCAUGCCUCUGACCAGAGUCCUGGGGGCCUCCUUGUUUCAGCAAAAGGAAAUAGGAAUCUUGGAUACCAGUGUAUCCAGACACACGAUAAAUAUCCUCCCUCCAACCUUAGAGAAGAAUAGGUUAAGAGGGAGGGAGUUGUCUGACAGAGACUAAGUUUUCAUUUGCCUGUUUAUACUCCUUUCACUGCUGGUGGCUCUGCUGUCCAGUUGGGAUGAGGGGCCCUCUGCCAGGAUGCUCCUGAGGAUCCAGAGACAGUUUGGGCUGGAGAAAGGGACAGACCAGCUACUCUUUUUGUAGGGAGAGGGGACCAGCUCCACUCCACCAGCUCUCCCUGGCAGCAUCAGGAGCCCAGGAGCCCCUGCUGAAACACCCAUAAUAAAGCUCAGUCCUGAAUUGAGGUGACAUAUCACCUGGCUCUGGUAUAAAAGUGGUACCGAGAGGGGAAGCCUGAGUACACCAAGUGGGGUGUGAGCAGGUGUGGGGAGUUCAGCCCCAGGACGGAUACAAAGAUCACUCACUCCUCAAUACCACAUGUUCCUCCUCUUUCUCAAACCUUCUCCUCAGCCCCCCUUUUCAUCCACCUCCCUUCAGCUGACUCCACUCCUGGCUACCUCAUGCCCUCCAAGCAGAGAAGACAUGGUAAGUCGUUGUCUGUUCCCUACACUUUUCUCUCUCUUACUCUCCUCCUUCCUCCCAACUCGCAGCCAAGAGUUACCCCGUUUGAACUCAUUCUACCAGUGAAUGCCCUCAGGAUCUGAACCCAGAAUGCCCAGCCUCUACCACCCCCCUGACUCUGCGAAUGCCACUCUGGCUCUGAGACUGACUCAUCAGUCCACAUCGUCCACACAAGUAUAGCCAGGCCAAGACUGGCAUAUCCACUGGCACCAAGGGCCCUGACCUGAAGCAAAGGGCAGCCCUAGAGGUACAGUCAGGUUUGGCCCUAAAUGUGUAUAUUCCUGUGCAUUGGGUACACUGGUUUAUUAGUGUUAUUUCAGCAUUGUGAUGCAAAGAGAGUAAGUGUAACAGCUGCUCCUUGCUUGCAGUGUUUAUUGUUACCUAGAGACAACCUCCUGGCUUUUUCCCAGCUCCCCCUCCCCCCCCACCCAACCCCCUCCCUGCCAACAAUCCUACUCUCCCCACACUGAUGGGAAAUUUAUAGCUUGCCAUACCAUGCCUUUAACCCUCUCCUGUCCAUAGGUAUGUAGGUCAAGGGAAGCCAAAGGGAGCAGUCGGCAUGCCUGAGCCCCAGCACGGUAGAAUAGUGUGUGGAGGAGAGAGGGAAGGAGGGAGGGAGGGAGGGAGUACACCUCCUCUCCCCAGUCUGUGUCCAGACUCAGGCCCCAGUUUCCCUCCUGGCUCUCAUGUUGAGAGAAAAGAGCUUUGGACCUAGUUUGGGGAUCCUAGGAUCCUCCACACAGGACUAUUCUCUUGGUAUCUCUAAGCCCCCUAGUUGGGCUGGCUGGUCCUGAGCAAAUACAGCAAGGUAUACUGAGACAGAAGGAAUAAAUACAGAGUGGCAGAAGCUCCAGACUCCUCCUUUCUAUAGAGAUGUCACAUUGAGGCAAACAAGAGGCUCUGGUGUGAAGGAUGCUGGCCAGACCUCCACAGCUGGGUAGAUGUCAAACAUGAAGCCGGCUGCUGAGCCUGGUGAGGUAACUUACCCACCUUAACUUCACCCUGAGCCCAGCACUAACCUCCUGAGAGGGUCCCGGGCCGUCCUCCAAGCUGGUCUCCUUGGUCUGGUUAGGCUUCUCCCUCUACUUUUCUUCUCGGUCCCUUUUCACCUCAUCUUUUGGUUUGAAACCAUGGGGGCCAAACCAAGAAACCAAGGGGACUGAGGCCUCAACAGUCCUGGGGAAAGAGAAGCUCCUCUAUCCCCUCCUGACACAGGACCUUUCAUGGAGGGGCACCAUGUCACACAUCCACCAUCCCCACUGGAAACAAGAGAGGAAAAGGGAUUGGAUUUUAGCAGAAAGGAUAUAGGUUAGACAUAUGGAAAAACUUACUCGUGGGAUAUAAGACCUCAGAAUGGACUUACUUCUCUUUAGAGAUUUUUCUUCUGCCUGGGAUGGGUGUAAGUCUGUGUCUACCCAAGCAGCAUCGGGAGAACAGGGUUACUUUUCUGGGGCUCCUGCAGAUGUGGGCCUCAGUGCAGUUUCCACGCAGCGCACCCCUCCUCAGUUCUUCUAAAUGUAGUAUGUGUGGUGAUUAGACUAAGUUUUGGAGGCAGGCAGCCUUGAGUUUUAAUGUCAGGGCUGCCAUUUACCAGCUAUGCUACCUUGGUAUGUCACUUAACCUCUUUUAACCCUACUUUCCUUGUCUGUGAAAUGCAGAUAAACAAUUUUUUAAGGUGGUGAAGAGAAUUUAGUGAAAUAAUGUAUGUAAAGUACCUAGGACGGUGCCUGAUACUGACUGCAUACUCAGUCAACAGUGGUUGAUACAACAGAGUCUAUUACUUUUAUGGAGUCCCCAGGGCUGACAUUGCUUCAAAGACUCCAUGAGCCACCUGGAAUUAUAGGCCAAAUGUGUGUAUAUGCAUUUCCUGGGGAGAAUGUCCAUAGUUUUGUUGAUGAUUUGAAGCAGGCAGUCUCCUGGAAAGAAAAGAGCCCCAAUCCUUUGACUCAGACUCCCCAAGAAGUCAGUUCCCCCAUUCCCGUGCCUCAAGCUAGGAGCUCCUUAGGCAUGUUCUGCCCGGAAGCACAGCUUCAUCUAGGAUUAAGCCAUGUAGCCAUUAAGAUAGCAACACAGAGCACUUGCCAGUCAUGUUAUAGUUUGUCAAGUACAUUUACCUGCAUUAGGUCUAUUAAUACGCAGAACAUCCCAGUAAAGUGAAGAGAACUACCAUUUAGUGAAUGCCAGGCAUUGUGCUGGGUGUAUUUUUUUAAAGUAUGUUUAAAGUCUAUAGAGUAUUUCAUAACCUAUAUAUGCCAUGAUUUAUAAAGUGUAUCCACUUUUUAAUAAUUUAGAUAUGUUUACUGUUAUAAGUAAUACGACAGUGAUCAUCCUAACACGUGAAACUUCAUGCAUUUUUUUAUAAUAAGUUCCAAGAAGUGGAAUUAUUGGGUCAGCCAAUACAGAUAUCCCUCCUCCCUAUAGUUAUGAUCAUUUUAUUGAUGUACCAUAAUAAGAAUAAUAUUUUUUAAUACUCUUCUUUGGAAUUCUUCAAUGGAAACACAAGGGCAGCCCCUUCUCUUUCCUAUACCCAGCCGAGACAUUAAUAAUCUAUCAUAGGCUUUUUUUUAAAAAAAAAAACUGAGGUAAUUGUAGAUUCACAUGCAGUUAUAAGAAGUAAUACAGAGAGACCCCUUGUACAUUUUGCCCACUUUCACCCAAUAGUAACAUUUAAAAAAACUAUAGUAUAACAUCACAACCAGAAUACUGACAUUGAUUAUCUACCAGUCUUAGUCAUAUUUCCCCAGUUUUACCUGUGUUUGUGUGUGUGCGCGCAUGUGUGUGUGUGUAUUAAGUUCUAUGCAAUUUUAUUACCAUGUGAAUUCUUAUCUCUACCACUACAGUCAAGAUACUGAACAGUUCCAACACCACAAGGAUUCUUCAUGUUGCCCUUUUAUAAUCACACCUACCUCACCCUCUUCUUAACCCUUGGCAGCCACUAUUCUAUCCUCCACUUCUAAAACUUUGUCAUUUCAAAAACGAAGUCAUGUACUAUGUUACCUUUUAGGAUUGAAUUCUUUCACUCAGCAUAAUUCUCUGGAGACACAUCUAAGUUUUUGUAUGUAUCAGUAGUUUGUUCCUUUUAUGUGUUUCAUGAUAUGGAUGUACCACUAUCACAGUUUAACCAUUCACCUAUUAAAGAACAGUUUGUGUUCUCACUUUCUACUCACUAGCAAUUAAUGAAAUAGCUUAUUUUACUUGGUGUGCUGAGUGUUGUUUUAUAUCACAAAUAUUAAGUUUAUUAAACCUUCAGGCAUGACUAUCACCUAUUAUUAUUUCCAUUUCGUAGAUGGGGAAAAUUAAGGCUCAUAGUAAAUGACUUUCCCACAAUCACAUGCUGUGGCAAAGAAGUACUUAGAACCCAAGACAGUAGGCUUUCUCAGUCUUUGACUAAGGUUGCUGGAAAGAGCGUGUGGGCAGAACCAGAAGAGAAAUGUUGGAGGCAGGAAGAACAUUGGAGCAGCCUGGGUCAGUUCGGGUCUUCAUAGCUAACUUUCGUUCAUAGGUUAGAAGAACAGUGCCAUGGAGCAGGGGACAAUAAUGGCUUGUGCCCUGGAAAUUGUUUCCCCUUUGCCAGAGAAGAACAAGGCUGAAGUGGAUGGAGCCCAUGAACAAUCUGCCCACAGACUUGGGACCUGGAAAAGGGAGGACCCAGCCUUUGGGUAUCUUAUCAGAGCAUAAGUGGUCAAAGCUCUCCUUGGAAAUUUGAAGUUGAAUGUGUCUCUGAUGACGUCUGAGGAAACUGAGGCUCAUGACAACAAGUGAGCUCUUUAUUCCGGAGGUUGGGGGUGUGGGUAAUGAAGAUACAGCAUUAAAAUUUUUUUUUGAUAGUUGUGGGGAACUCUAGGCCAUUUACACACACGCACACACACACACACACAAUCACACACACCCUUGGGUAGGCUCAGUGUCUGGGACAUGGUAUGAGGGAAAGCAGAGUGGAAGCAAAAAUGCCAAUCCAUGCUUAGUCCUGACUUUAUCAUUGCUCUUUCUCUCCAAGUCAUGGACAGCUAAGUCAGGAGGAGCUGGAGAAAUCAUUUGGUCUAUCUCUCAGCCUCUGGGCACUAGUAGAAGCUGACAGGUGGAAACCUAGAGUCGGCCCAAGUGUGAUGAAUGGCAGAGAUGCCAGCUUGCAGGAGAGAAGGUUUGGCUUUUCUCCUGGGAGCUAUGUCUGGCCAAAGGCUGCCUCCUCCCACCUCCUGCUGGAACCGAAUUUUUUACAGUUGAUGUUACCAUUGCUCCCUUGGUCUGUUCCAGUGGUUAUGGACUUAUAACUUUCCCUGUCUACUUACAGCUCCAGAACCAGGCUGAGGGCACGUAUCACUUUCCUCCAUCUCCCUUGGCCCAUCAGGAAUGGCACAACUUCUUCCAGUGGUGCCCUCCAUCCUUCCCAGUAAUUCCAGCCAUGGGAGAUAAAUGCUAAGGGCUUCAGGAUUUAUAGGGACUACAUUGCAUUGUUGAAACAACCAGAGAUACCCAGUAUGAACCUCUGUCUUUUGAUUGGAGGUUCUUAGGGAAAAGUAGGCCACUCUUUACUGGCUCUUAUCCUCACUGAAAUUUCCUGACUGUCAGAGGUCCUGAACGUGGAGAUAGCUCCUUUCCCUUCAAGCCAAGAUGGCUCCUAACCAGGAAACCUCAGGAUCCCUGCUUAUUCCCUUUCCUUGACUGCCCCUCUACUCCAGGUACCCUCCUCUCCUGCCACCACUCCUUUCCCAUUCCUCCUUUCUCUUUCUCUAUCCAUCUUUCUCCCUCUCUCUCUCUCAGCAAGUUUUUUAUGUGAUUACAGGCACUGCAUGGUAAUUAGUGCUAAACUCAUUUGCACAACUACAGUUAAUUGGCUACAACAAUUAAUUAAUGUGUUGGAAAUUUGGCACUGGAAAAAAAAGUUUGUCAUCAAAAAAAGGGCAAAAAUUGUAGAAUGAGAUACCCAUAAAAAUCGAGGGCAGGCUUCAAAAGCCCAGCUGGGCCUCAAACUUCAAGCUGGCCUCAGAUGCCUUCUCACUCUCAACUUCAACACAUUUUCCUGUUUCCUCUUUCAUUUUUUCCUUCUUCUUUUCUCUAUUUCUUUUCUUGCUCUCUCUCUCCUUUUCUUUUUCUUUUUUUUUUUUUUACAACUUAAGCAAACUCAUUUCCCUGAUAAAAUAUAGCAUGACUAAUGGCUAGAGCAUGUAAAAAUCAUUGGGAAAAUGUCCUUGGAAGACGAAUGCAUUUUCAGCAGAAUAAUUAACUUAAUUAACAAAUUCACAUGCAUAUUCAUCAGGCUAUUAAUGUCUUCUCGGCUCAGCUUGAUGAACAUUGCGGUAAUAACCAUCUCAUUUACAUACUGCAUUCUACUGCGAUCCAAAACAGAGACAACAUACAGGCGUAUACACACACACACACAUACACUUGCACCAACACACACAACAUGCCUCGGCCGCUUUGACUUCCAGGUUGUCUGGGAGUGUGUGUGUGUGUGUGUGUGUGUGUGUGAGGAGGUGAGAGGGUGAGAACCCUGACUGGGUGGCGUGAUCUUUAGAGGGUCAUGAGUGACACGGGCUAACUAUGCCCACAUGUAAAUGUCUGAGAGAACUUUAAUUCUUUCUCUCAGUCACUCACACUCAGUCUGUCUCUUUUUUCCUUGUUUCCUUUUCUCUGUGUCAUUUUCUUCCUUCUUCUCUAUCUACCCACCCCCCACCCGCCCCAACCAUGUCUCUCUAGGGAAAAACUUGGUAUCUGUGCCAACUUUUUCCCCCCUCCCCUCCUCCCUCUCUCUCCUCCUUCCCCUCUCCCAACUGCUGCCAGCCGGCAUCAGCGCCGAAUUGCCAUCUCCUUGAGCUCUCUGUGGAGCAAUCUCAGAGAGCAGUAAGGUGUGACGCGGGGCUCUGCCGGCUUCGCAGCACCGCCUGCGGAAAGAGCGCAGGAUGGCGGAGGAAGAUUAAGAGAAAUCGCGAGCAGGGCUCGGCUGCCAUUGGUGUGUGCAAACGCCGAGGAGGAAGGGAGAGGGAGAGCGGGGGGGGGGGGGGUAGAAAGGGAGGGGGGAAACCGGCAGCUGUCGGCCUAAUUCUUCUAACACUCUGCUUGUGGUCAUAUUAGAAAAACAGAUUAUGCCCCUCGGUGCCACUCACUUAUACUUGACAUACGUUAAUGUUCUAUAUCUCCAUUCUCGGGGCUUGACGACAGUGGACUUCAGAUCUAGAAGGAUGGGGAUCUGGGUGGCCAACGGGCAAAAGACCUUGCCUCCUCAUUCUUCCUGACUUCCAACCCCAGUCUGUACUUGCCCUUUAGAAAGGAAGCCUAGGCCUAGAAUUUGCAUCUGGGUGCCACCACUUGUCCCUGAUUUUUUCAGCCCUUUAGGGGGUGCAGAGGUCAGAGGACACCUGGAAGCCCUUUCCCUAAAAUCACUCCCCCCUUUAGAGUCAUAACAGGUCACUUUAGAGCCAAGUGAGACCGGCUUUGUGUCACCCCCACCCCUUGUCUUUCUAAGGGCCCUCUCCCUCGAAUCAGAAGUUGGAGGUCAGAGAAAUGAGUCUAUGAAAGUUGGUUCUCCGUCAGGGGGUUACAUAGAAGCCAUAAGCAAAACAAGGCCAGGAUUGUUUCUGGGUUGCUAUGGGAACCAGAUUCCCUCCUCCUGGCUGGAAGGGAGGAGUGCCUGAGGCCUUCCUCCUUCCACCAAUCCUGAAGGGUAUAAAGGCGGAGUUUGCUAAGGCCUGGGGAGUGGGGCUGGUCUUGGAGGACCAACCAACCAUUCCCUGGAAGCCCCACCUGCCAGUCUAUAGCCCUUUGACCCCCACCUUCCCUACCCUCACCCCAAUAUUCAGUCAAAGGAGGCUUUUUCCUCUAGGUGCCUUGUCCUCUGUGGAGACCUGUUGCUUAGCAACCACUAGUGCCUUUUUCCUAAUAACUCACAGGGACUGAGAGAUACAAUAUCUGUCUCUAUAUUCAGUUUCCCUCCCUUGUCUAUUUAUAUUUAAUAGCUGAAGCCCUGUCUUGGGUUCCCUUGGCAUAUGUUUUAGAGUGAACAAGCUGCAUCCUUAUAAAGUCACACCUGAGAAAGAACUUCCAAAGAGGGAAGAGAGGGAGAAAAGAUGAGUAGGUUGGGGAACUGUGGAAUCAUAUUCUCUUAAGUAUAGAUAGAGGGGGAAAAAAUAGUAUUUAGAACUGGGAAUGUGGGGAGGGGCUGUCCACAGGGAUUCCCAAAGAUACUCUCAGGACCUGGAAUAGAUGCUUCCUGGGCCGGCAUUUUCUGCUCCCCGCACCCUGCCCUGCCCCUCCUUCCUGACCACUUCCAGCCUAGAGCCCUCUCAUAUUUCUAUAUGUGGGAGACCCAUCCCUCUGGGGAUGUCCAGUUUUCUAAUGUCUGGAUGUUGGUAGCUAGGAGUGGGGUGCUGUGUGUCCAACAAGGCCUGGGUAUCCCGAAGUUUUCCCUUCACAGGGAAGGAAUUCUUCUGAGCUCUCUACUGAAAAACCCCAGACUUGACCUGGCAGUGGAGACAGUACAAUAAUCACCAAAAAUGAGGAGCAAGGAAGGCCCAAGGGUAGCCUAAUGGCGGCAUGUAGUCAGGAGGCCUGAGUUGUGGCCCCCUCUCCUUACUCUCUUGUGAUCCAAGUUAUUUACUUAAUCUUUUAAGCCCCUUGUUGCUUUAUCUGUGGGUCAAGAAUAAUAAUAAAUAAUGUUCACCUCCCUGGACUUGAGCAGGAUCAGUUAAAGUAAUACGUGAAAGGAAAACACCCUGGAAGCUAUUACAUUUAACUAAAAUAUUAUUUUAAGGUCUGGCAAAGGUCUGACUGCUGGGAAGAGGGAGGCAUCAUGAAUCCAGCCCGGCCCUGGGCUUACGAAGGCCAUUAGUUUGUUGGCUAGAGUGGUGUGAUUCCCCUCUGGUCGCUGGGGUAGGGAGCUUUAAAUCAAAAUCAAACACAAAGCUGUCUAGGGAGAGUAGCAUGUGGUAUCCCUAUUCUCCCCACCUCCAUUCUUAACCUCUGACCUCUAGUUCUCCCUGUCGAAGCUCCGUGCUGACCCUCCACCCUUCUCCCCAGUCAGCACCUUCACUGCUCUUGUGCUAGCUCACAGACUACAGUUUCACCCUCUAUACCUCCCUUCUCGGCACCUCCUCCAACCCGAGCCUUCUGUGGGAGACAGAUGGGGUGUCUGCAAUGGAAAAGGCUCUGGGCUCUACGCCGCCUUGGGUAGGCAGCCCCCCUCCUCAUCUCCCCACUACUCCCUCUCCCUACCUAAGACACUCAGAUUCACCCCAGGCAGCUUUGGUAACUGCUGAGGAUUCCAACUCUCUUCCCUUCUCAGACACAGCCCCAGAAUCAGAGCCAGAAUGGCAUCUUUCUUUGAGACCUAGAUCUCAGUCCCUCUUCAUGGAAGACCAACGCAAAGGAAGAAGUAGGUUGCGGGAUGUUAGGGCUCUGUGUAUAGGGACUGAUGUGGAGAGGGAGGGAGAGGCCCCCGAGUCCCUCACUGAGGACUGGAUGGCUGGGUUUUAGGGCCUGAGUUGACAGAGGAGGCUGAGCCUAGGCAGUUCCUUUGUUCCAGAAAUCUGAGGUCCCUAGAGGGAGGCUCAGCUUAGGGAGGAGGGAAAGGGAGCUAACAUUACAGAGCACCAACUGUGAUCCAGGCAUAAUGCCAGAGCCUUUCCAUACCUGUACUCAUAACUAGCAGGUGAAGAGUCAGGGCAAAUAGGUCUUUCAUGAGCUCUCAGCAUCUCACGGCACAGUUGACCACCUCCUUCUUUGACUCUGUGAUGUCACUGCCAAUUCUCCUACCACUCUGGCUGCUCUUUCUCUGUUUCCUCUGCAAGCUCAUCCUCAAUUCCUUAGACUCAGCCAAGUCCCCCAGUUAUAUACUUUCAUGAUACUAUAUAUCCUUUUUUCAUAGCAUUUAGCACAGUUAUUUCAUACUUAUUUGUGCAAUCAUUUGAAUAAUGAUCCUGUUUCCUCCCACCAGAUGAAAAGUUCCACAAGGAUUGUAACCAUGUCUAUCGGUGUUGACCACUGUGCUCCCAGUGCCCAGCACAGUGCCUAGCAUAAAACAGCUGUUUCGUAAAUAUUUGUUGAUAAAUGAAUAAAUGACAAAA